AUGGCGCAGCGAAGAAACGGCGGCGAGCCGCAGACCAAGGACGGCUUUGCGCCUGCAAAGGGUGAGGCGCAAGAUAAGCAGGUCCGUCUGUUGUCCCAAGACGCUGGCCACUUCUCCCUACUACGCGCCCUCCACUUGGCCGACUUCAUCACUGAGCUCAAUGGCUUCUGCGGCGUCAUGUCCAUCUUCUCCUCUCUCCGCUACUGCACACAAACCGACCACACCGACUACACGAAUCUGUACCUGGCGCUGUCCUUCAUCCCACUAGGCCUCUUCUUCGACUUCAUGGACGGCAAAGUCGCGCGCUGGCGCAAGAAGGCGUCGCUUAUGGGCCAGGAGCUCGAUUCACUUGCCGAUCUCGUCUCCUUUGGCGUGUCCCCAGCCGCCGCCGCUUUCAGCCUCGGCAUGCGCACCCCCGUCGACCACUUCCUGCUCGCCUUCUUCGUCCUCUGCGGCCUCACGCGCCUCGCCAGAUUCAAUGUCACCGUCGCCAUGGUGCCCAAGGAUGCAACCGGAAAGAGCAAGUAUUUCGAGGGCACACCGAUUCCUAUGAGUCUUGGCAUAGUGCAGGUCAUGGCGUACUGGGUCUACAAGGGCUGGACUAUGGACCAGAUUCCCAUGGGCCUGUGGCUCGAGGGCACGGCGCUCGAAUUCCACCCUGUGGUGGCCAUGUUCAUUCUUCAUGGAUGUUUGAUGGUUAGCAAGAGUGUCAAGAUUCCUAAGCCCUAA